CGAUCACCGAUGACGGGGAAGUUCCCGGAACUGAUCAUGUAAUCGUUAUCGGUGUUCAUAUAAUUCGGCAACCUCACUAUAACUCAUCUAUUCUUGAGUGUAAGCCAAGAACCUCGCACACUCUCGUGAACUAACUCAAACUGCUCGCACCUCGCUCAUAUCGACUCGGGUAUCGUUCUGCGCUUUCCCUCGACAUCACCCCGCAACAUCGCAGUGAACUUCGUCCGCCAUGAGUGGUGGUCAGUCUGCUCAUAAUGACCAUGAAGAUGAGGGGAACGAGAGUUUUUCGGCCCCUCUUUGGCUCGAAUGGCUUCAAGGAGCUGAAGCCGAAGACGAUGACGAUGAAGGCCAUGAUGUAGAGUUUGAGUACCUGCUUGAGGAGAUCGUUGGGGAUGCGGGAGAAGAGUCUCAUGAUCACGACGAGGAUGAAGAUGAAGACGAACUGCCACACCAGAGGAUCAUAAGGAUAGCGCGUGGCCUCUCAGGACGUCCCUUCCUGACACAACAUGAGUAUCUGACCCUCCUGAGGGGCCAGGAUCUCAAUCCGAUCUUCUACGGCGAUUCCGAAGGCAUCCAUCGCUUUAGUCUUGGCGUAGGCCGUCGCAACAACCGCGACAAAUUCCCCAAGGUUCCCAGCGAUGAGGGCCGGAACUUGAUGGAAUCCGGCGCCUUUGGCACCUAUGACUGGAGAUCGCCCAACCGCAAGGCCAUAGCUCGGCGCAUUCUCGACCGGGAGUUGGGGGUGGGUGGCCCACCAGCCCAAAAGAUGAACCAAGGUCUCAUGGCUCAGCAAAUGAUGCCAUCAGAGAAGCCCGAGAUGGUCAUCCGUUAUGACGAACCGGUUUGUUGCGGGCAGUUCUCGGAUGAUGGCAACUUCUUCUACGCCUGUGUAAAGGACUUCAGGGUUCGCAUGUAUGACACGUCAAGUCCAUAUAACUGGAAACAUUACAAGACAGUCCCGUUUCCUUUUGGCUCGUGGACGAUGACGGACGCCGACCUCAGCCCUGACAACAAGUGGCUUUGCUUUUCGUCGCUCCAGAGCAACGUCGGCAUCGCAGCCACCGACCCCAACGACACAGGCGAGCCCUACUCACUCAAUCUCGCCGAGGGCUCACCGGAUGGUAUGAGUAACUCCAUGUUUGGGGGAUUUGCAAUCUUCUCAAUCCGCUUCUCGGGGGAUGGGCGUCACUUGGUGGCUGGAACUGGUGCGGACUCGAUCGUCGUAUACGAUAUUGAACGGCGGAAGUCACUGCACCACGUUGCAGGACACACCAACGACGUUAAUGCAGUGUGUUUCGCAGACAAGCUAUCACCCCACAUCCUCUACUCAGGGUCGGACGAUUGCACCAUCAAGGUUUGGGAUACUCGCAGCUUGGGCGACGGCAGAGAGGCUGGCGCAUUCAUGGGCCACAUCGAGGGGUUGACCUACAUCGACAGCAAGGGAGAUGGGCGGUACGUCCUGAGCAACGGCAAGGACCAAAGCAUGAAACUGUGGGAUCUGAGAAUGGCCAUGUCGACCUCGAGGUUCCGGGAACUGGAACCGACGAUGCGCUCGCGCUUCCGCCACGACUACGACUACCGCUGGCAAGAGUACCAGGACUACCAGUGGUUCCAGCAUCCCUACGACAACUCGCUGGUGACGUUCCGCGGGCACAAGGUGCAGAGGACCCUGAUUAGAUGCCACUUCUCGCCGCCCAACAGUACCGACUCGCGAUAUGUCUACUCUGGCAGCUACGACGGCUUUGUCUAUGUCUGGAACCUGGAUGCGACCCUGGCGGCCAAGAUUGAUGUUCGAAGUGCUACCAAGGACGUUGUGCGCCCAAGGCCAGAGCGAAGAACCCGCUUCCAGCAUCGGAAUCUUCGGGACGUUAAUGGCUGGGAGGCACUGGUUCGGGACGUCGGUUGGCAUCCCAAUGCGCCCAUGUUUGUUGCUUCGUCAUGGGCCGGCGUGGGUAUGGAUGGCGGGACAGCAUCAAUACACUCGUACAACGAAGGUGACAGCGACGAGGGUGAACCGGAAAUGGGGUUUUCGGUAAACGAGAAACUGCAGCCGUGCCGAGAGCCGCAGUAUGUUGAGAGAAGUGGGUGGUGGUGAUGGUGAUGAUUACGAAAUUAUGCUUUCUGGAUGUACCGAUUAUUUAUCAACCGAAAUAUGGGUAUAGCAUGAUGGAUGCAUCUUUUGGUUACUCUUACAAAGCGGAGUUGGAGGAUUGGGACAUGGGUGUUGCCUUGGGAUAUAUCUGUCCAAGUCUUUGAGGAGAAGAAAUACCGGAUGACGAACGAUAAGCCAAGUUCUUCCCAAAAGCCUGAAUUGCUUUAUUAGAGUCAUCUUGAGAGCUGUGUCCAGCGGUUACCAGCAGUUUGUGAUUCUGCCAUUAUAUACCCAAAGCUGGCUGGGCUCCUCGUUGAGUUGAAGUUGGUUGUUCAUACAGUACCUCAGGUCCCGAGACCCGUGUUGGC